AUGAAUCAAAAACUAACCGAUGAAAGAGAGAGAAUUAUCAAGGUUUUGAAUGAGCACUUGACUCAAACGCGUUACCUUCAAUUCUUGCCACAACAUCAUCAGUUAUUUUCGGGUGAGCUUCCUCUCUUAAUUAAUGAGGCUGCUCUUUCGUCAGUUUAUGAGCUGUAUGAACUAGAACAGGCUCUAGAUGCCAAAAUUAAGGAAUAUGUACAAAAUCCGGAUUCGUCUUCUGUAAAGAAAACCUAUAUGAAGCUUUGUAAAUUAUUAAAUCAGUACAAUUUUAAUGUGGAUCAAGUAAAUCCAUUAAAACCUGAUGAAGGAUUGGAACGAUUUGUAUAUAUCAUGAAGGAGAUGGUUAAUAUUUAUGCAGAUAAAUUACAUACAACCAAGGAAGAAGAGCAAGUAAUGAAUGACCAAAAGAAUGAAAAGGCUGCAAGGGAAAAGAAGUCAAAUGCUGACCUUAAAGCUCUUCAAAGAGAACUUGCCUCAGUGAGAAGUACCAGAGAAAAGGAAGUGUCUGCCAGAGAAGAAACAUUAAAGAAACUUGAGGAAGAAUUAGUAGCUCUCAAAAUGAGUACAAAUAACCAAAGAGAGGAAUUUAGUGGAUCAAUGAAAACACAAGAGGAUGUUGCACAUAGCAAAUUCUUGAAAUUUGAGGAAAUGCUUAAGGAUCAAAUCAAGCAAUGUGAAUUAAUGAUUGCAGAGCUAAAGAUGGAUCACCACAAGGAUGAAGGUGACAUGAAACUUGACAGAUUGACCUCUGAACAACAAGUUUUUGAUUUUGUUACAAAAUAUGACAAUUUCAUGAGUGAACACACUCAAAAAUACAACCAACUUGUUCAAGAUUACAAUAGAGACCAAAAGAGAGUAGUAUUCUUGGAGAAUGCUAUUGCAGUAAUGGAGGAAGAAAAGAGAAAGAGAAACGAGGAAAGAGAUAAAAGAAAGAAUGAGAAGGAAAAAAUUGAGAGACUCAAGGUACACAGUAGAUAUCAACGUCUUUGGAAGAGAGCUUAUCGUUUGGUGUUUUUAACAAAUUAUGAAGGAAUCCAAGAAAAGGUUUUGAAAGCAAAGGAGGCAAAGAAUCCACAACCAUUGGAUACAACUCAACAAUCAACCAAACUUGAUACCAAACCAACAAAUAACAGAACAAGAUCUACACCAUCUACAAAUAGACCUGUAAAGAGAUAA